UAUAACUGAGCGGUUGGCUGCCGUGUGCUGUUUCUACCUGCUUAUUUGCAUGUUUUUUAUCAUUCUGUGCGGGUAGAUACGUCUCUGGGUGUGUGUGAGUGUGUUUUGAGGCGAGGACGUGAUGCUCAUGGCCGGUUAUUGUUCACAUGGCGACUCUCGGCUGCGCCGGCAGAUCCCGCGUCCCUCCGUGACUUUCAGCCGUAUGCGGCUCUUUUUGUGUCACGUAAAACACGCAGCUCGCCGGGCAAGUGCGAUACUUUAGUUGGCGUUUUGUUGCCCUUUUUGAUUCUUUGAUGCUUUUACGAAACACCGAGUCCGCUUGGUAAAAACGUGGUUGGCCGUAUCGCCGCACACUAUGAGGUCAAUGUCAAGGCGAUGUAAUUUCCUCUCAUGGUGGUGUUUUCCAGGGAGCAGGGGGCUGCUGCUGCUCGGCUCGGACUGCGCUGUGUGGUCAAUACACCGUAUUAGCUCCUGCACGUGGCAUAUUGGCAUGAUGUUUUUAUGUAGGUCAUUGGAUCAGUUCAGUUACCCAGAUAUUGGCAGCCCAGCUAAUGCAAAGGCAAAGGCUGGGAUUAACGCAUGGCUGUAUAUAGGUUAUGAAUUAAUUUGAAGGUCUGUCGCAGAUAUCUGUGGAAAUCUCAUGUCAGAAUAAAUGAUAAAAGAAAAAAAACAUAUUUUUUGAACGAGUGUUGGACAAAAGAUUUGCAGAUAGGGUGUGUGUAAACAUAUGUUAGGGCUUUUUCUCUGAGAAAGAUUACUUGGUUGGGGUUUGGGGAUUUAUUAAAUAAAUGCUCACAUGGAAAGGGGGGAAAUGUCUGAUUUCUAUUCAAAGUGGGCCACUGGGUGAUUCUUUUUUACUCAUAAGGUGUGUUAAGUAAAGCACAGAGCUUUGCUUUGAGGGAGUUGGAGGCUAUGACAUAACCAGCACACAGCAGGGAAAAGCAAUAAAUAGCAGCUCCCUCCUGGGACAGAGACGCUUUGUAAUUGAUUCUCGUUCCCACCCUGCACUUUUUCCCUGUCAUUUAUAUCUACAUUAACAACAAAAUUCUUGCAUCUAAAGAAGGCAUUUAGCCAGAAAAGCUGCUAUCAGUGAUGUAACCCAGCUACUCAGUGUCUGCGAGCUAUUUUUAACUUGCUUAGUCUUUUUUUUCUCCACCACAAAGGAAGCACGGAGCAGAAAAAGCAGAAGGCUGAACCAGAUAUAACACUGUUUUCUUUUAUUUUUGUGUCUCAAACAAGAUUCCAGUGAGGGCUUAGGGAGACCGUUUGUAAAGUUAGAAUAACAAGUGAGCAUUCAGGAUGUGAUGCAAUGUGUGGAAACCCCUGUCUGGCAAAAGCAGGCACAGUUUUGGUUAGUCCACCUACUGCCAGCUGGUCUGGUUUUAGAGCCACUGCUCUGUCCUGACCAGCUCUAUGAAUAUAGGUCAGACUUGUAUCUGGGUGAGGAGACGUGAGGUUUAACAGGGCAAGCGGUGGACUACUUUGGCUGCUUUGUCUGUUGCUCUGAGGAAUACAGGAAACACAGAUGGCAGAAGAUUUAACUAAGUUCAGCUUUUCCAUGGUUUUGGCAACUUUUAUUUUUUUACUUUGCAAAUCUGCACUUAUCUGGUGAAUUAACCCAUUUAGUGGUCGACUAACGGCGGCGUUGAAGCUGGAUCCUUAAGGAACCCAAAAGUAGACAGACUGACCUACAUCCCGUGUAAGACACUGAAAGAAGCAGGUCAGCUGCCUGACAGAGAUCACAGCUCUGCUGAAGAUCGAGGAAGACACUGAUAAACUCAAAGUCACCCCAAACAAACCUCCAGAGACUACUUUGAACUACUUGCCGAGACAACUGGAAAACCGUUUGCACAAAAUACAGUUUCUUGUUUUAGAUUCCUUGCUCAGAACACUACUUCAAUGUCUGAGGUUUUUGUGGAGUUCCACCUCUUUUUAAUCUUCCUGGCUAAUUUGGACACUUGAACAUUUCGAUAUUAUAAUUUAAGUAACAGAAAUCAAUGAGGCUAUCGUUUCGAGGAGCACAAAUACCUCAUCCAGAAGUUUUCGCUGAACCUGCGACAUAGGUCAGACGUCUUAGUAACAAAGCAGAAGGCUCAUAUAGUUUUACAUUUUUCCCUACCCCCCUUUGCCCUUUGCUAGAGUGAUACUCUAGCACCCUGCGGGGAAGAAAAAAUGGAAAGUCUCAGUAUACACCUCCCAUCCACCAGCAAUAACAGUGCCGAAGAUGGCGACAGUUUUUCCCCUUACAAUGGGAGCCUCCCAUCCCCUACUUCUGAAGGAGCGGUACGGAUUAGCCGCCAGGCUAAAGGUAGCAAGCCUACCGUGACCUCCCGUCGCAAGAGAGAGUUCAUUUCUGAUGAGAAGAAAGAUGCUUCCUAUUGGGAAAAACGGAGAAAGAACAACGAAGCAGCCAAGCGCUCAAGAGAAAAGCGUCGUCUCAAUGACAUGGUGUUAGAAAACCGGGUGAUGGCACUGAAUGAGGAGAACGUUCGUCUCAAGACGGAGCUCCUUCAGCUCAAGUUGCGCUUUGGCCUCAUCAGCACAGCCUCCUACAUGGAGAAAAGUCAGCAAAUCUCCAACAGCGCCGCUGAUGGAAGCACUGGCGGCAAUGGGAGCAGCGCCAACGGCACCCCGAAUGGUAACGCCUACCUCUCAAGCAGCGGCUACUCCAGCGCGUCCCAGGUGAUGCUGAAUUCAGACUCAUCAGAAGCUGAACAGUCGAGUCUCGGCGAGCGCCACUCCACGCUCCCCAAAUAUUCCCCCCGUGGCUCCGUGUCUGACAUGUCUGACAGCUCUUCCAGCCCUGAACCCAUGGGCUACAACAUAAAGAAGGAGCCCACAAGCAUGGAGAUGGCUGGUCUGGAAAACAACAUGAUUCCCAGUGGGAUCCCUAAUGGGAUCCCCAAUGGAAUGCAGAAUGGGGCUUACCACGGCAGCCACAGUGCUCUGGUUUCUCCUCACCAGCAAAGCCCCCCAUUAGCUGAAAAUGUCAUGGACUUCCAGCAGCAGCAUCAUCAACAGCAACAGCAGCAGUGCCACAUGGAGAUCUCCAACCCUGCUCCUCAGGCCACCUCAGCUCAAAGGAGCGUCAUUUUGUAUCGCUCCAGCAGUGGCUGUUAUCCCAUGGAGAGCCAGAGGUCGGAGGAGCAGCAGUCCCAGCAGAGCAGAGCUACUCAACAUUGUCAGGACACACUGACUUCCAAGUUCUCCGACUGCUCAGUGACCAUCACAGAGGUCGCUGAGAAGCUGGAGAGAACAAAGACCUUGGACUCUCCACAGUAUGAGUACACCAACGGUCACUCUGAGUCAGCAGAGGAACUGCAGCAAAGGUAUAAUCAGCAGCAGCACGACAACCACAGUCUUCAGCACACUGAAAACCACCAGAACCCCUUCGCCCCUGAUCUGAUCCACAACAACGAGGAGGGGAGGUCCUCCUUCAUACAGCACAAUGGCUACCUCAACACACUGGAUGAAGAGCCCCCGGUGCUCACCUAUGAGGGAGGUCCCCAAGCUGAUGGUUUCUAUCAGGAGAACUCCUCUGCUAAAGACACUUGUUCAAGUGAUGGAGACCCUCGUAGCUCUGAUAAGGAGGGCUCCACAGAUGAUGAAUCCCCCUCCUCAUCCUCCUCAGAUAUCAGCAGCUACCACCAGAAGAUUGAGGGAACUGGUGGUUUGCACGGUGAGUGCCAAGCCGAGGUCAAAGCCACCGCCCUUCCCCACAAGCUCCGCCUCAAGUACAGAGCUCUGUCCAAUGGGGCAUCCAGAGCGCAGGUGGAGGGACUGGUCAGCACCUCGAUGUCCCCUUCUCCCACUUUGCCUCAGCAUCCUUACCUAGCUCUGUCCAGCAACCCUCACAGUGGCAACAGCAAAGAUGCUGAGAAUGAGCCCGAGUAUGCGGAAGAAGUCAAGUGUCAGGUGAAUGAGAGGCCAGAGUUUAAAAAGGAGGGAGGUAAAAAGGGAUCCAGCGGUGGGAGGGGUGGGCGCAAUAAGAGGCGAGAUUAAGGACAAAUAGGAGCAGCUGUUGUCUGCAGUGGACAGACAAAAAAGAACUGUGACUCACAUUGGCACCUUGCGAGGUAUAAAAGAAGCCAGUGAUCAGUGUGAGAUGUAGUUAGGAUGUGAUUUCACCAUCAAGUUUCACUGUGUCACCUGUACCCCUUCCUGUACUCUCUCCUACCUCCCGCUUAUCCCUCCAGGUAGAUUAACGAGGGAUGUGACAGAAUGAAACUCUUCAGAGCUGGAGUUUGGGAUAUUUCCCUUGUGGAAAAUUCAAACAUUAUUCAAUUAUUCAUUAUUGUAAACUGCCUUAGUGGCUGGCCAGUGUUUAUUGUGGCAUUAUGGGAACAUUCCUUUAACCAAAGACACACAUCCUUCCUUUAACAUCUCCCCUUUUGGCAAAGAGUUACAUUCUUCCUCCCUCUCGUCCCUCUUCUUCCUCUCCAUUCUCUGAACCAUCUGCACACAAGUCCUCUUCACUAUUGAAGCACUUAGAUUGUAUAUUACUGUGACAUAUAAAUUUGCAUAUAUGGAAUAUAUAUUUUAAGAAGAAAACUGUGGCAAAAACAAUAAAAAUUAAAGCAUUGGGAUGUGGAAGUCGUAGACUUUAAAGCGAUCAGCUUGUUUGUUGUUUCGAGACACCUUGUACAGUCCUUCUUUGUUUAAAAAACGCCUCAAAGUUUCUCUUUUACUAAAAGUAUGAGUCACAACUUGUAAAAAAAAUUCAAAUAAGUGAGGUACCCUUCUUUUUUAAAAGUUUGAGUUCAGAUCGGGGUCCUUAUUUAGACGAUCUGACCUCUUUGACGCUCAAAGUUGUCAAAACAAGCGAAGGCCAGUUACUCGCAUAUCAGUCCAGGCUAUGCAGACACACUUUCCUGUUGGCAAGCACAAGGUGAGCCUUGUUUGCCGGCCAUCCAACAGAAAUCAAUACGUCUUCAUUUCAAGACAAAAAUCGUCUGUCCAGUAAAUGAAAUGGCUCUCCAGUCACAACCAGCAAAGCUGCUCUCUCUCUUCAUAAGGUGCCUCUUUAUUGUGUUGUUCCUUGUCCCCACGUUGGCAGCGUCUUAACGAUCCCGCUCACCUCCGCACUGAGUUUUAGCAACUGUAGCUGCAGUAGAUCAUAAAGUAUGUACAAGUUUAACUGUUUCACUUCCUGGUGCCUGCCUCUGGCCACUAUGUAUAAAUGUAAAGUUGUCUAUCUCUUGUAUACUGCUGUCAUUAUUUUAUUAUUGUUUUAUUAAUAUUAUUUUCUGUUGUAUUCGGUUAUUCUUUUCGCUGUUAUGUGUAUUUUUCUGUCAUUCACUUGUGUCAUUUUUGCUCUAAACUCUUUCUGGUUGUGCUGUGUAUUUAUUCAUGCUACCCUUUGCCCCAGUUACUGUUUGUACUCUGUGUUAUUGUAAAACCUUUGCUGAAAAGCUUUUUCAGAAGAGAAAAAAAAAUUGAAUAAAGCUUGGCCAGAAGUGAUUAUGUAAUGCUAUACUUCACGUGGAUAUGCAAAUGGUUAGAAAAAAACACUCAUUUUCGAUUGUGAAAGAUUCAAAAUGGGGGAAAAAAAAUAAAAUGUUGUUGAAUUUA